UGUUGGAUUUCGCAAUAUUGUUUCGUGGUGCUAUGACGUAAUAGGUUGGCGUUACAGCUUUGUCAUUUCAUAACGUUCCUUUCCCAAGCCCUUCAGUUCGAGGGUUGAUUUUUUUACGCGGAGUGAAGAAACGAAGUCAAAACAUCCAAAAUGGUGAACUUCACAGUCGAUCAGAUCCGUGAGAUCAUGGACAAAAAAGCCAAUAUUCGGAACAUGUCUGUUAUUGCUCAUGUAGAUCAUGGUAAAUCUACAUUAACAGACUCCCUUGUUAGCAAAGCUGGUAUCAUUGCUGGUGCGAAAGCUGGAGAAACUCGUUUUACAGAUACGAGAAAGGAUGAGCAGGAGAGAUGCAUUACAAUCAAGUCAACUGCAAUUUCUCUCUUUUAUGAACUGCCUGAAAAGGAUAUGCAAUAUAUCAAAUGUGAAAAAGAUGGUAAUGGCUUUCUUAUCAAUUUGAUUGAUUCACCAGGACAUGUUGACUUUUCAUCGGAGGUUACAGCUGCUUUGCGCGUUACAGAUGGUGCACUGGUUGUGGUUGAUUGUGUUAGCGGUGUUUGUGUCCAAACUGAGACCGUACUUCGCCAAGCUAUUGCUGAACGUAUCAGGCCCAUCGUUUUCAUGAACAAGAUGGACAGAGCUCUUCUGGAACUACAGCUUGAAAAAGAAGCUCUUUAUCAAACAUUCAGCCGAAUUGUUGAAAACGUCAAUGUCAUUAUUUCAACAUAUGGUGGUGACGACGACACGAAACCUUUCGGAGAUAUCCAGGUAUUUCCAAACAAAGGAACAGUUGGUUUUGGUUCCGGACUCCAUGGAUGGGCAUUCUCUCUUAAACAAUUUGCUGAAAUGUAUGCUGAUAAAUUCAAAACCACCGUUGAGAAGUUGAUGGGAAAGUUAUGGGGAGAUAACUUUUUUGAUAUGAAAACCAAGAAGUGGUCUAAAGCCAAAACAGACACGAAUGAGCGUGCAUUCUGCCUUUAUGUGUUGGGUCCAAUUUACAAGGCUUUCGAUGCUAUAAUGAACGAUAAAAAAGAAGACAUUGAAAAAGUGAUGAAAGUUACUGGUGUUACAUUGAAAGGAGAUGAUAAAGAAAAAACUGGUAAACCGCUGAUGAAGGUCUUCAUGCGCACUUGGCUGCCAGCUGGUGACACUUUGCUGCAGAUGAUAGCAAUCCACUUACCAUCACCUGUGACAUCACAGAAGUAUCGUAUGGAACUUUUAUAUGAAGGCCCCCAAGAUGACGAGGCCGCAAUUGGUAUCAAAAACUGCGAUCCUAAAGGACCUUUGAUAAUGUACAUCAGUAAAAUGGUGCCUACAAGUGACAAAGGCAGAUUCUACGCUUUUGGAAGAGUUUUCUCUGGAACUGUUGCAACCGGGCAGAAAGUUCGAAUCAUGGGUCCUCAUUAUACUCCUGGUAAAAAAGACGACUUGUACACCAAGCAGAUUCAAAGAACUAUUCUUAUGAUGGGACGUUACAUUGAACCAAUUGUGGACGUGCCAUGCGGUAAUAUUGCUGGUUUGGUAGGAGUGGAUCAGUAUCUGGUCAAGACUGGAACCAUCACAACUUUGGCAACUGCUCACAACAUGAAAGUGAUGAAGUUCAGUGUGUCGCCUGUGGUUCGUGUUGCAGUGGAAGCCAAAAAUCCAGGAGAUCUUCCUAAGCUUGUGGAAGGUCUGAAAAGAUUGGCAAAAUCUGAUCCUAUGGUUCAGUGCAUCAUUGAAGAGAGUGGCGAGCACAUUGUUGCUGGGGCAGGAGAAUUGCAUCUCGAGAUUUGCAUGAAAGAUUUGGAAGAAGAUCAUGCCUGCAUCCCACUGAAGAAAUCUGACCCGGUCGUAUCUUACCGUGAAACUGUGAAUGAAGAAUCUUACAUCACAUGUCUUUCGAAAUCCCCAAACAAACAUAAUAGAUUGUACAUGAAGGCAAAAAAAUUUCCUGAUGGUUUGGCUGAAGCUAUCGACGACGGUGACGUCGCUCCUCGCCAAGAUUUAAAAUUAAGAGCUCGUUUAUUGGCUGACAAAUAUGGAUUCGAUGUUAAUGAAGCCCGCAAGAUCUGGUGUUUUGGACCCGAUACUACAGGACCCAACCUUCUCAUGGACGUGACCAAGGGUGUUCAAUAUCUGAACGAAAUCAAAGAUUCGGUUGUUGCUGGAUUCCAGUGGGCAUCUAAAGAAGGUGUCCUAUGUGAGGAGAACAUGAGGGGUGUUAUGUUCAACGUUCAUGAUGUUACAUUGCAUGCUGAUGCUAUCCAUAGAGGAGGUGGACAAGUUAUUCCAACCGCAAGACGGUGCAUCUAUGCUUGUCAGUUAACAGCUGCACCUGCGCUCUAUGAACCAAUGUAUUUGGUUGAAAUUCAGUGUCCUGAAUCCGCUGUCGGAGGAAUCUAUGGCGUACUCAAUCGUCGUCGAGGACAUGUUACAGAAGAAAACAAACAAACUGGAACUCCUAUGUUCAACGUGAAAGCUCAUUUACCUGUGAAUGAGUCAUUCGGAUUUACUGCGGAUCUUCGCUCCUGUACCGGUGGCCAAGCUUUUCCUCAGUGUGUUUUUGAUCAUUGGAACAUUCUUCCUGGAGAUGCAUUGGAUCCAGCAUCUAAGCCUGGUAAGAUCGUUACCGACACAAGAAAACGAAAGGGCCUUAGUCUUGAGGUACCAUGUCUCGACCGUUACUUGGACAAGCUGUAAAUAUAAAAGUCGUCAAACUGUUACCAAUGCUGCGUGAACCAUAUUAUAGAUGAUGUAUUGAGUUCCUUGUUGAUAUAUGUUCCAUUCAAAUUCUGGACAUUUUGAUCAGUUAUGUCAGUCCUUGUGAAGAAGCGGACUUCAAUGUAACAUGUUCAAAAUGAUAACUGUAAAUAGUACGAUGAAAGAUUUAUUGUAGAUUUUGCUCAAAUGAAAUAUGAUAGAUUAAUAACAUGGUCCACGAAUAUGUGGGAGUGGACCGGUGAUGCUCAUUCUACAGGCUUGACAAGAGGCUUCUGAUAUGUGUGGGCCAUGUUCAAAGUAGUUGUUUUAUUCCAUAAUUUCGUGCAUUGUGUAAGAGCUCUGAUGUUGAACUUCGGUCGGUGACAAAUAAAGUAACAUGUGCGGUGAUCAUGGUGCAUUGCUAUG